UGGAAAGCUCAAAUCCUUGAUCAGGAAGAAAAUGUACAGCCAAGUUGAGCACCCAGCUGGUGGAUAUGAAAAGCUCUUUGAGACUGUGGAGGAAUUAUCUUCACCUGUCGCAUGUCAUGUCACAGGUAGGGUUCCCACCUGGCUCAAAGGAAGCCUACUGAGAUGUGGACCUGGUUUAUUUGAAGUUGGUUCGGAACCAUUUUAUCAUUUGUUUGAUGGCCAAGCACUACUUCAUAAGUUUGACUUUACAGAGGGGGAUGUCACAUACUAUCGGAGGUUUGUUCGGAGCGAUUCUUAUGUAAGAGCAAUGACUGAGAAAAGAAUUGUGAUAACAGAGUUUGGCACCUGUGCUUACCCUGAUCCAUGCAAGAAUAUAUUUUCCAGGUUUUUUUCAUACUUUAGAGGUGUGGAGGUCACUGAUAAUGCUUUAGUUAACAUUUACCCUGUGGGAGAAGAUUACUAUGCCUGCACAGAAACCAACUUCAUAACCAAGAUUAACCCCAAGACUUUGGAGACCAUGAAGAAGGUGGAUCUCUGUAAAUAUGUUUCAAUCAACGGAUUAACUGCUCAUCCCCAUAUUGAAAAGGAUGGCACAGUUUACAACAUUGGAAAUUGCUUUGGAAAAAAUUUUUCAAUUGCCUAUAAUAUUGUACGGAUGCCUCCACUGCAAGCAGAUAAGGAAGAUCCAAUUAAGAAGUCUGAGGUGGUUGUGCAGUUUCCUUGCAGCGACAGAUUUAAGCCCUCCUAUGUUCACAGCUUUGGAAUGACUGCAAAUUACAUAGUAUUUGUGGAAACACCAGUGAAAAUUAACCUGAUCAAGUUCCUCUCUUCCUGGAGCCUUUGGGGAGCCAACUACAUGGACUGCUUUGAGUCCAAUGAAACCAUGGGGGUCUGGAUUCAUGUAGCAGAUAAAAUUAAAGGAAAGUACCUCAAUAUCAGAUACAGGACCUCAGCCUUUAACCUCUUUCAUCACAUUAACACAUAUGAGGACAAUGGAUUUCUUAUUGUGGAUCUCUGCACCUGGAAGGGGUUUGAGUUUGUUUACAAUUAUCUGUAUUUAGCCAAUUUACGUGGGAACUGGGAAGAAGUGAAGAAAAAGGCUGAAAAAGCUCCUCAGCCUGAAGCUCGAAGAUAUGUCCUUCCUUUAAGCUUUGACAAGGUUGACACGGGUAAGAAUUUAGUCACCUUGCCCUACACGCCGGCCACAGCAACUCUGCACAGUGAUGAAACCAUCUGGUUGGAACCAGAAAUUCUUUUCGCGGGGCCUCGCCAAGCCUUCGAGUUUCCACAAAUCAAUUACCAGAAAUAUAGUGGGAAACCCUAUACAUAUGCAUAUGGCCUUGGACUGAACCACUUUGUUCCAGACAGGCUUUGUAAGCUGAACAUUAAAACCAGAGAAACAUGGGUAUGGCAGGAACCAGAUUCAUACCCAUCAGAACCUAUCUUUGUUUCGCAGCCAGGUGCCCUGGAAGAGGAUGAUGGAGUGAUUCUGAGUGUGGUCAUUAGCCCCUGCGUGGGACCCAAGCCCGCCUACCUACUGGUACUGAAUGCAAAGGAUAUGAGUGAAAUGGCCAGGGCUGAAGUGGAGAUGAACAUUUCUGUUACCUUCCAUGGGAUGUUCAAAACAGCAUGACAGCUAUCGCAAAUGCCUUUAUCAUAAUUUACAUUUUUAUCUUCAAAAAGGUAGUUUCUACUUACAAACCUCAAAUACUAUUUUCCUUUGAUGCCUGGCUUUGAUUUGUAAAAUUUGCUUAUUAAGAAAUCACUUUUCUGCAUAUUUACUUAUGAUAUUUGCACAGACUUUUCCAGCUUUACACUUGGCGACAUUUUAAAAAGCACAGCAGCAAUCAUUUGAAAAUUUAAAACAACAAAGAAGGGCUUUUAUAGAAUUAAACUUUGCGGCAGGGAACAGAAGGAAAGAUACCUGAAAGAGCACCAUUAGAACUCAAUAUAUAUUGCAGAUACAAUAAACAUCCAUGAAAUAAGCUGAAAAUUGUAGCUUCUAAUGCAUGCUUUAAGAGGAGGCAAUUUCAGAUUGUUUAGAAAUUUUCUAAUUUAAAUAAUUUCUCUUUCACUGUGUUAACAUCCUAAACUCAAAUGUUUUUCAGUGAGUCACAGUAAACACCAAUUUGAACACCAUCCUUCCUGGCUGUUCUGGGGACUUGAUUCAAUCAAUGAGAGAGCAGGUCUAAGACUAAUAUUUUCUCACUUAAUAACAACCCUACUGCUGAGAAGUCUAGAGGUAGAGCCUACAACAUAUAGGUAAUGUCCCUUCCCACUCCCCAGUUAAUAAUGUCCUGUCUACAGUACUGCAUCACCCACUAGUAUGGAAAAAGAAUGGCUCCUAUCCUCUUUCCUCCUAAUUUUGGAAGCUCUCUCACAUUCAGGGUAAGAAGUGGUUUGGGUAAUGGACUAAGAUCAAAAUCCAAAUUGUCCAGAAUUACAGGGACCCUCUAUACCAGGGGUUGUCAACCAGGGGUAUAUGUACCUGUAGGGGUACUUGGAAAGAUCACAGAGGGUACGCGCGGCUAUUACCCGGGGGAGGGCACCGUCAGCCCCACGCAGCACAUUGCUGCACCUCCCCACCCCCCACGCCAGCGGCCUGCCGCUGCCACCAGAAGGUGCACACUAGUUAAAAAAGGUUGAAAAGCCCUGUUCUAGACCAGUGGUGCCUUGAACUUUUGGCCCUAUGGGCCAAAUGGGUGGUAUGGGGCUGAUCCAUGGGCUGGACUGAACCCCUAUGCUCCAGGAUCAGGCCUGCACAUCUGGAUCCUGACUGCACCAUUUCUGUUGGGCUCCACACAAGAGGAUCAGGGCCCCGGGGCCUCUCACUGCCUCAGCCUGGCUCCUACACCAGAUCUAGUGUGCAGGGCCAUGCCCCGCCUGGCUUCCCAUGGACCCAGUGACAAGGUGCAAAGGGCCAGAUCUAGCAUGUUGGCUGCUCCACAAACUAUUAAGCUUCCAAAUUUGAGUGAAUAUAAUGUUGAAUGCAGUUGGGUGAGUUCAGUGUUUGUAAAUGUAUGCAUAUUUCCAGUACAGGUUCUGAAAAAUAAAGCACCUCAUAACUGAGAUGUCUGUUAACAAACAGCUUUGGGUAAGAUGGGGGAAUUUUUGAUGCUGCUAUCACUGGGUUAUGUCAGGGCUGACAAAACAGUUACUAUCCUCUUGUAAAUACUUAGUAUAAAUUAAUUCUUUUAAUGUUAAAAGUGAAUGGAAACUGAAUUAUCAUCCCAGACCUGAGAUGUAUAUAAAACUAAGCUGUCUCUUGCAAGGUUUAUUACACACAAACAUAAGUUACUGCAGUUUGCAAGACUCGCAUCCAAUUGCUACUUCCUUAACAUCUGCAAAAGAUGUAAAGAGGAGUCUGAAAGGAAGACCCAAGGACGAAUGUGCUGCAUUCACUUAUCUAACUUUAUCCCUGCUAAACAGCUGGUCCAAUAAGAGAUCACCCUAAGAAAUCCUUGCCCCUCACAUAAUUUUUGGAGCAUCACACCUGCAGCAUCACUUAGAUUAAAAAUAACCUCUGGCCCUAUUGUUAGCUACUCCACCAAAGUGGUGAAGAUUCAACGUUGAUACAGAUGAACGUUGACAAACAGCUUUCAGUCAACAGUCUGAGCUGAAAAAAGGUUCAUUAACAAUGAUUUUUAGUUCAUAUCAUAAAAUACUUUUGCAUCCAUAGAUCUCAAAGCACUUCACAAAGCAGUACAACAGUAUCAUAAUUACACAGAUGAGGAAACCAAGGCACAGAAAGGCAAACUGACUUGCCCACCAGGAGAUGAGUGUAGAAUUGAGGCUUCUGCCUCAUAGUUGGGUGCCCUAUGCACUGAUCCAUACAGUCUCACUUAACUAACUGAAAACCUUGAACUAGUUAGAUGUUACUACCUCGACAGGACAGAGAGAAUGGGGAUUCGAAUGCAGGCCUUGAUUCAAAGUUUCUUACGCUUACCAGAACACCCACCACACGUGCGGGUCACAAUCAGGUCUGUACCCAUAGAGAUUAUUUGCAGUUGUUAAACAAUCCCACAUAAUUAGCUUAUAACCCCUGAGCCUGUAUUUUCAUGAUUGAACCCUGACAGAAAUUUGACAGAACAGCGACUUCAAAACAAAUAUCUUGGGGGAACAGAGGUAAAGCCUUUAUUUGUAGAAUCAACUUGUCUGUUUUCUUUUCCAGUUGUCAUUGCUUUUAUGGUUAGAACACACUAAC